ACUGUCAUUUUAGACGUUUCGGUCAAUAAACUUUAUUUUCUGAUGAAAUAUUAAAAAAAAUCUGUAAACAAUAAAUCAUUUUAAAAAUGUUCCUCGCAAAAAAAAUAGCUUCUCUUAAAACAAAAUUGUUGGCACAGAAUACAGCGGGUCAUGGAGUUCACACGCGUGGUCAACUCAUACAAAUUGGCGAUGGUCUGCCGCAAAGUGAAUUGUACGAGAACUUCCCCACCAACACAGUACGUAUGCCGGAUUUAGUGUUAGGAAAAAAUGUAGUCAUGUUCGCCGUGCCUGGCGCUUUCACCCCCGGCUGCUCGAGAACACACUUGCCAGGAUAUAUAAAACUCGCUUCACAAAUGAAAAAAGAUGGUAUUAAUGAAAUAGUAUGCGUUUCGGUCAAUGAUCCAUACGUGAUGGGUGCAUGGGCGUCCAAACAUGAGACGAGAGGGAAAAUACGAAUGCUUGCAGAUCCCAGCGGCUCCUUCAUCGGAGCGAUGGGUCUCGGCACACACAUUGCAACGCUUGGCGGGUAUCGAGCAAAGCGUUUUUCAAUGUUUAUCACAAAUAAUAUAAUUAGAGAGUUAAACAUAGAACCAGAUUCCACCGGUCUCAAGUGCUCACUCGCAACACAACUGUUUUACAAAAAGCAUAUUGGAAGAGAUGAUGAUGCUUUAGAAUAAGCGUCUGUCGAUGCUCUAUUUUGACUCCUUUUCACCAUGACGACAUUGAGUUAAGAACAAUAAGCAAUGAGAAGCUUCACAGCCAACCAUUGCGUGUGUAAUUGGAGUUGACACUAAAGGCAGCCCGUACGUUUUUGACGUUUUUUGAGUUUUUUGUAUUUUUCUAUGGCGUUUAAAUUUUAUUGUGUAUUUUAAUUUAUUUAAUAAAGUUCAUCAG